AUCAUGAAAUUGAUCAUCAACACAGACCCAGACAGUAAAAUAAACAUGAGGAACAGGGAUCACAGGGGACUGUAGUAAAGUGAUGUGCUCCUAAAGAGGCAGAGACCAUUAAGCCACAGCUUUUUGUCCCUGUCUCGAAUGUCAAUGUUGAGGAUAUGUUGUUAGAUCUGAUAUUUCAAAAGAAGAUCGGAAAUCAGAAUCCUUUGUGAAAAAGUAUGGGGGGAAUUAUAAAAACCUCAAGGGAGCUAAACAAAAUACAUUUGCAGGCUACUUUGACCCCACUGUAUGCUGACUUGGAAGAGAAUAGAUUUGGAAUACAUGGUGGGGUUUAUAGAAUGGCAAGAGUAGGGGGUUGAGUAGGCUGGGAUUAGAAUGUGAAGAGUUCCCACUGUCGAAUCUUAUUAAACAGCAGAGUGCAUGAAUCACCCUAAAGGCUGAUUUAAGUUUAAGUAGCUCUGCUGGAUUCAAGUCCGGAAGCACAGAGCACUUUGGAGCAAGGGAAGGACGUUACGAAAACAGUAGCUCAGAAAGACUUAUUUGUUAAUUAUGCAGACCGAAGACCAGGAGACAGGUUGGAGACCUCGAGGACUCUUCAAAGGCAGGGACCACAUUCCUUCUGAAAGAAAGCCGGCUCUCAGCCGUCCAAACCCCCUCCCUACUAUUUACGUUGGAAGGACCGAUCCUGUGUGCUCUGGACCACUCCUUCAGCACUUCAUGCUAUUUUCGCUUCCUCAUCCGUGGAAACAGGGGCUUCUGUCACUGUCCCUGGAGCAUGGGGGGCUGCUGAGCUUGAGUGGCUGUGUCAACCAGGUGCUGUGUCUUGCUCAGUGGCAGGGAGGGUGCCCAUGGCUGCAGCCAAUAAAGGUUGGCUUCCUGAAGAUCCUGCACAGGUACGAGAUUACCUUCACCCUGCCCCCAGUGCACAGGCUGAGCAAGGACAUCCGUGAGGCACCUGUCCACAGCUUGCACCUCAAGCUCCUCAGUGUCAUACCGGUCCCUGAAGCAGGUUAUAGCAUCAAGUGUGAGUAUUCAGCACACAAAGAAGGUGUCCUCAAAGAGGAGAUGCUACUGGCUUGUGAGGGUGACACAGGCACCUGUGUGCAUGUAAUGGUGCAGGCACGUGUCAUGGACCGGCACCACGGUACACCCAUGCUGUUGGAUGGUGUGAAGUGUGUGGGCGCAGAACUGGAGUACGACUCAGAGCACAGUGACUGGCAUGGCUUUGACUGAGGCCUUGGGCCCUGCUGGCCUGCCUCAGCCUCUUAGCCUUAAAUUCCACCUGUUUCCCAACAUGCUGCGUGAUGGUGUGGCUUCUUGCCUCUCCCCUGGGUAGGCAUGGCUGGGCUGGGCCAUGUUCACGCCUCCCACUUCCGCCUUCAUUCCUGCCACCACCCUGCCUCUCCUGUGUUCUCUCUCACUUCCUUCUCUCCAUGUGCCUCAGUCUCCUGACAGAAGAAAAGGGCUGAGCCCCCAAGGAGGCUAUCUGAGAGGAGGAGGAACCUGUGGUAGGAUUUACCUCUUUUCCUCCCCAAGCCAUAUGGGCUCCAGCCAGAAUGUGGGAGAGGACAGAGUGGCUUUGUGACAUUGAUACCCCAUUACUGCUGCUGCUGUUGUCUCACCUUGGCCACCUCUUCUUGCCCUCCUUAUUCCCUACUGUUGUCUAUGUGGGUGGGAGGGAGGUGUAGUUCCCAGCCCUAUCCCUCAGGUCUGUGAUACUUGGUUUUUAAAUGACUGGUCAAUAAAAAUUCCAGUAGAUACCAGAA